AUGAAUUUUAAAUCUCUACUGAUUAUUAAAGUGAGGCCUUAACUCUGGUGCCACCUUUUCAUUUUACCACAGAGGCAACAGAAGGAAACUCAGCGACUUAGACAAUAUCACUGAACCAAUUGGUGGUCCAUCGCCAACAUGCAGCCUUUUUUUCAACAUCACGAUUUCUUUUUCAUGGACUCUUCGAAAUGCAACAUAACAAAAUACACCUAUAAUGAGCUUUCCUACCCCUGAGGUAUUCUUACACAGGCACAAGCACGAGCAAGUUGUGAGAAGCUUUCCUGUGAUGGGGAAGAUUGAAGACUGUGGGUUUCCCAAGAGCCUUCCUUGGCUCACUGCUGUCUUGGCAUAACCUUAGGAGACUCAUUGUCCUCAUGUUUUCGGGGAGAUUGAGUGAAAAAUGGAAUAGGCUUUAUUACCACUAGUUUGUAGUGAGUAAGAAAAGGGAGAGAAAAGCCUUGCUCCUCCCUAAUUUGUUCUUUCCUCUUUUUUUUUUCUUUUCCUGUUGUUGCUACCACAUUCCUGAUGUCACUCCUGCUAUUGUGAGCUGGCAGGCCGGCCCUCCCUGGUCGGGAGGACAGCCUGCCAGUCAGGAGGAGAGGAGGAGCUGUGGAGGUGGAGGGUGGGCAGCAGUGGUCAUACAACACCUUGCAGUCGGGCUGGAGGUGUGGAGCCCCGGGAUGUUCCCCAGCCCAUUCUUCCCAAGAGUCAAUGCAUAAAAUCAGGGGCCUCCCUGCUGAGGUCAGGGAACCAGGCCCUGGAGUGGAACUUGGAGUGGAAGAUGGCCUUCUUUGUCAACUGAUUCAUUCUCCAGAAUUCAACUUGUUCUCCCACUCUGCGGUGUUUGAAAGCAACUUUAUCCAGGUCACUAAGUCCGGGCACUGGAUGAAUGUCUCUGAAGGUUCAACCACCACCGUGAUCCUUGGGGUAACGUCCUCAGUGCCCUCCUUGCCACUCCCCAACAUCCUCCUGAUGGCCAACGUCUCCUGGCCCCAUGGUCAGUUUUCCACCUGCAACACACCUGGCUGUGCUCCUGUCAUCACCCUCAGCAGGAUUCUCCCCCUGAAAUUUGUGGAGCUACAAAUCUGUGACCGGCUCCAACGCAUCCUGCGGAUUAGGACAGUGACUGAAAAGAUCUACUACAUGAAGCUCCACGAGAAACACCCGGAGACUGUGUUUCAGUUCUGGAUCCGCUUGGUGAAGAUUCUGCAGAAAGGUCUGUCCACCACCACCAAAGACCCGAGAAUCCAGUUCACUCACUGCCUGGUGCCCAAGAUGCCCUGCAGCUCCACUGGAACAACACCUGAAAGCAGCCUCCUGCCAUCCUCCCAGACCAGCGAAAACUCCUUGCUGUGGAAAGCCGAGCAGACUAGCGACAUUUUCUUACAUUUCCCAGGAAGAGACCAUAUCACAGAAGACAGAACACAGGCCUCUAUAAUUAAGGAUUCCGAGAGCCACAGCAGGACACCUUUGCCGGCGGCAUCUUCAGCCGGUUUGCAUGUACCUAUGAGAGCCGUGAUGGGCCACAGCCUCUGGGAACAAGAGAGUCCAGAGUUCUUACCACGGGCUCCUGUAGCCAGUUCUCUAGGAGAGAACUUACUGGGACCCUAACACCUACCACACCGGGCGACCUUCCUGGCUACCGCCUCCAUCAUGCUGUUUUCCCACUGUGGGCCACGUGACCAUGGGAGAAUAAGAUGGGGUCUAAAACAAGGUGCUUCUGUACUUCCACCAAUAAACCUCC